AUGUCUGGACUCAAGGCCGGUGACAGCUUCCCCGCUGACGUUGUCUUCUCCUACAUCCCCUACACUGAGGAUAAGGGCGAGAUCACCUCCUGCGGUAUCCCCAUCAACUACUACGCCUCCAAGGAGUGGGCCAACAAGAAGGUCAUCCUCUUCGCCCUCCCCGGUGCCUUCACCCCCGUCUGCUCUGCUCGCCACGUUCCCGAGUACAUUGAGCGCCUCCCCGAGAUCCGCGAGAAGGGUGUUGACGUUGUCGCCGUCCUUGCCUACAACGAUGCUUUCGUCAUGAGCGCCUGGGGCAAGGCCAACGGUGUCAAGGGUGACGACAUUCUCUUCCUCUCCGACCCCGAGGCCAAGUUCUCCAAGUCCAUCGGCUGGGCUGACGAGGAGGGCCGCACCAAGCGUUACGCCAUCAUCCUCGACCACGGCAAGGUCACCUACGCCGCUCUCGAGCCCGCUAAGAACCACCUUGAGUUCUCCAGCGCCGAGGCUGUCAUCAAGAACCUAAAAAAUCGUCGGCCAUCCACUACGUUGUCGGCGCCCGACGAAUAUCGUCUAUCCAGCAGUAUGGCCCUCAAUCCCUCAGCAAAACGCAAACCUGCGUUCCCCGCCCAAAACUCCGCCGCUGCCCGCAAACGCGCAAAGACGAUCGAUGCUCGGUCCCUCGCGGUGCAAUCCGCUGGGGCUGCGCUCUCCGCAACUGGAGAGCUUGAUGUCGCCGCCUAUGUUGGAGCUCAAGAAUCUGCGAUCAAGUCUUUAGAAUCUGGUAUACAGCGAUCGAAAGCCGCUCUCACGAGUCGUGCGUUUCAACAGGUGCCCAGAUCGCUGAGACGGCGGACUGCUAGCCACAAUGUGAAGAGGGUUCCGGGGAGGCUGAGGGCUAGGGCAAAAAGAGAGAUGAUCGAGGACAACACACCGACCGUCACAUCGCGGCGACGAAAACCGACGGAGCUGAUGCGAAUCCGUCUUGAGACCGCUCGACGUCUGCAGAACCUCAAUGCCAGAACCAAAGCCAAGCGGGCCGAUUUAAAGGCGAAGCAAAAGAAUGACGAUGACAAGGCGUUGGAAGAGGCAGGGAGUCAUCCGUUCUUUAUUGCGCCGCGAGUUCCCAAAAUCAAGAAGAACAAGCUGUCACGACCGCCACCACCGGAGUCGAAAUACAAGAAGCGACAGCGUGUGAAGACGUGGCUCCCUACGCACAUGUUCCAUGCGAAACGUGCCCAUAUGGCGACGACGAAAGACCCGCUGUGGAGGUUCGCGGUACCCUUGUCGCCUACGGAGAAAAGCUAUAGACCUACGCAUCGGGCCAGUGGUGCUAGGGGUGCGGUGGCUUGGGAUAUGAGCUAUAUUUCUACGAUUAAGCUGGAGGGCUCAGAGGCAGCUUUGGAGGCAGUGCUCAGAACUGUGGGAGUUGUCGGAGAUGAUGCUUGGGGUGUAAAGGGGAAGAAAUGGAGGGCUGGUGUCAGGAGUCUUCGCACAUGGGUCUUCGAAUCUGAAGACGAACGAAAGCCCAUUGCGCCUGUUACUCUGAUUCGAUGUGCCCAAAAAGUUGUCGAAGACGUCGAGAUGGUUGAUGCUGAUGUCGACACUAACGGCAAGGACAAGAAAAAGCAGAAGGAUACAACGAAGAUCUUUGUCAGAGUCCAUCCGUCCGCGUUCUUGCGGCUUUGGAACGAACUGCUGGCGACAUCGAAGAAGCAGAAUCCACCAGUCAUGGUUGAAGACCUUCGAUUCGAGAUUGGCAGCAUCGACAUUACCGGGCCCGGAGCAACAGAAGCCCUACUUGCAGCCUUGCGCCCAUUGAACCACGCGGCGCCUCCAGCGGAUAGUCCAGAGGCCGUAUGGAGUGCUCUGCUUGGUGUCACCAAUCCCGCAUCGCUGCCGCAAAACGCCCUUCUUUCUUUCUCUAUAUCGGAUCCCCGCCUCCACUUCCCUCCUCAGAAAGUUAAAGCCUCCUUCUCUGAACAGAAAAUGCAAGAUCUCGCCGUGCUACUGUCAACAUGGCCUGCCGAUAAAACGCAAACGUCACCCGCCCUGUUCGACCGUCGUUCACGGCUUGCAGCUAUUCGCGACCUUCCUAGCCAGAAAGCCAUCAAUCGGCGAAGAACAGAAGCAGGACCGGGCGAGUACCCGCCUCCGCAACCAUCCGAUCCCCAAAUCCCAGUCAUGGCGCUAGCAACGAGACCUAACUCAUCUCAGAAGAACAGCAACUCACUCGGCGGCUGGACCGUACUCCUCCCCUGGAAAUGUGUACCAGCGGUCUGGUACUCAUUGAUGUACUAUCCGCUCUCAAGCGGCGGCAACCCGCGAUUUGGCGGACUGAAGGAACAACAACAACUUGCAUUCGAGGCUGGGGAGCCCUGGUUCCCCGGCGAUUUCCCGGGUACCCAUGCAGGCUGGAAAUGGGGUCUACGGGAACGCGAAGCAGCCAAGAAGGAGUGGGAACGACGGCCGAAGGGCCGACGCGUCGAAUUUGACUCUCUUGAAUUGGGCAACGGCCACAAGGGUGAAAUUGGGCGCGGCUGGGCGUGUGAUUGGGAGAGGCUCGUCAAGCCUGGCCACGACGAUUCUGCAGGAGAGAAGGAGAAGGACAAGGUUACCAUCGCUGCGACAGAGCAAGACUCGAACUCGAAGACGGACAAGGUUGCAACCGAUGCACAAAAGACGGCCAUUGAACCGCCGUUUAACAUCCACCAACUGCCAUACCCCCAAGCGAUUCUUGUCAUCAACAAUCCUUCACUUAGCGUCGGAGAAUCUGCUCUCGCAACGGUUAAACUCACACUACAUUCCCGUGGACAUCCUGCUCAACGAGCACGCAUCUACCGUCUACCCACGAACAACCCAGAGCUCCGCCAGAAGUGGGUCUCAUUGGCAUCGAAGAAACCCUCAUCUGGAGUUCCGAAGACCCAGCCGAAGAACCAAGAAGAGGCUGAGUCCAUCAGGCAACACCUUGCUGCAUCGCUCUUAUCUUCCGCUGAUUCCUCUGUUCAUAACGAACACUUGUGCGUCCCGACUGAAGAGGACCUCAUCGGCUUCAUAACGUCAGGGAACUUCAAUCUCUCUGAGGGUAAGGGUACGGGAAUAGGCUCCAUCUUGGUCUCGAAAGUACGGGACACAGGGAAGGGCCCUAAUCGGAAGAGCCGCGAGAAGAAUAUGUGUAUUGUGAGGAAUGCGGGCGAGACUGUCGGUCGGUUAGCGUUCUGGGACCUUGUUUGA